AUGGCGGCAGCAAGUAAGGAUCGUGAAUGCAGGCCGGGGCGAGUGACGAUUACUUAUUUGGACACCUUGUGCCAUCCAACUUUGCGUUUCAUCAUCUACAACCACAACAUCCAACCAUCCGCCGCCGCAAUGCCCGUUGCACCCAUCACUGGUACUCUCAGAAAACAAUUUUUCACGACGCUUUCCCUUGCCCUCGGCCUGGGAACAGCUGCAGGUUAUGGCUUCUGGUAUGGAGUCCACCUUCCGAGCGUCAAGCGCCAAGAGGAGUUCUACCUCAAAUUGGAGAAGCAGCGAGCAGAGGAUGCAUGA